AUGUCCAAAGGAAUCUUACAGGUACAUCCUCCAAUCUGUGAUUGCCCUGGGUGUCGAAUUUCGUCUCCAGUGAACCGGGGUCGCCUGGCAGAGAAGAGGACGAUCCCCUUACCUCCAACCAGGAUCCCGAAGAAAGAGCUGACCUCAAUUUUCUCGCAUAGUGAUGACAGCGAAGAGAGUGAUAAGAGCAAUGGUCAACACCCUGAAGUAAAGCAGGAGGAGGAUCUCCACAUCAGUAUCAUGAAAAGAAGGAUACACACCCACUGGGAUUUAAACAUCUCCUUCCGAGAGACCUCUUGCAGCCGUGAUAACGACCUUUCCACUAUCAUCUCCAACCUGCAUCAGAGCCGUCAACUCGUUAUGCCAGAGACCCAGAGCCGCUGUGAAUUCAAGAGAAACAGCAUCGACGUCGGCUUAGGAGCAGCAGAUGAAAUUUUAGGCAAGAGAAGAGUAUGUUCUCCCAACAGCAGCAGUGAGUGUCCUUUAGAAAGCAAGAAAGCCAGAAGUGAGUCCCCAAAGGAAAACUCGCACACGCCCCUGCUUGAGGACUCGGUGACGCAGAUGACCCCGGAGGAGCACUAUAGACGCAUGAUGUCAGCACUCAAUGAGCACGGCACGUUUGAAGAGCAGCAGCAGCAGCGUCUCUACCAGCUGGCCAACAGCAUGGCAGUGCCCAGCCACGGAGGACAUAUCAAAUUUAGCAGGAGCUCUGCAAGGGAGAUAUCGCACCCACCGCCUCUGCUUUCGCCCCAGAACGCGCCCCAUAUAGCCCUGGGUCCCCACUUGAGACCUCCUUUCCUUGGGGUGCCUUCGGCUCUGUGCCAGACACCAGGGUACGGGUUCCUACAGCCGGCACAAGCAGAGAUUUUUGCGCGGCAGCAAGAGAUGCUACGAAAGCAAAACCUGGCAAGGCUGGAGAUGUCGGCCGAGAUUAUUCGCCAGAAGGAGCUGGAGAAUCUCCACAGGCAAAGGCUACUGGCUGGCGACCCGCUGAGCCUGCAUCCCGGCUUGCCCCCGGACCACCCGGCCCUGCGCAACGUGCAUGACAGCCCCGAGGGCCACCCGCUGCGGGAGGAGCUCUCCCGGCGGAACGCCAUGCUGGUGCUGCGGCACAACAACACUCCCCUGCUGUCCCUCAACCCCAGCGUCCCCAGCAGUGCCACGCCGCCCAAGGAGCGGGCCAAGGAGCUGGGUGAAGCGACCGCGGGCCAAAAUGCCCCCUGCAGCUCCUCCAGCGCCGAGUCCCCCAGCCAUUUGCUUGGCCCAGGUAUCAACAAAAACGAGGUGAAAUAUCUCCCGCCAGCCUCCAUCCCACCGCCUCAGCCGCUGCCCUUCGGAUUCCCCUACACCAUGAGCCCGUACUUCCACGCAGGCACCAUGGGAGGUCUGUUUCUGGAUGGUGAGGAAAGCCCCGCGCUGGAAGACAUCAGCAAAUGGACGGUGGAGGAUGUGUGCAGCUUUGUGUCCAACUUGUCUGGCUGCACCGAGUACACUCAGGUAUUCCGAGAGCAGGCCAUUGAUGGCGAGACCCUGCCCCUGCUGACGGAAGAGCACUUACUGAACAAUAUGGGGCUGAAACUCGGACCUGCGCUGAAGAUAAGGUCACAGGUGGCCAAGAGAGUGGGCAGAGUUCUGUACAUGGCAGGCUUCCCCAUGGCCUUCCCCCUGCAGCCUCCCGGUCUGCGGCCCCCUGAGCGGGACCUGCCCCCCGCUGACCUCCGGCCAGCCUCCACGGGCAGCUAUCCUAAGGCACUUACUCAGCGUUACCGUCUCCAGCUUGAUCCAGGUGACUGA